AUGGCUCAGACUUCCUCAUCUACUCCUCCUUCUGGAGCUCAAAACAAACAGCCUCUCGCUGCGGCAACAUCCUCGGGCACUGGAUCGACAUUACCGACAGGCAACUCAGUUGCUGACAUCCUGGCACGCAACGCGGCACUGCAGGUUCGGCGCGACGCAGGCGAAGUCGGUGUUCCGGCCGACGAAGACAUACCUCCUCAGCCUGCGCCUUCUCGCCCAUCCACACCUCCGCAAAAAAUUGCGCUGACACAGGUGUACGCUGCUCUAGCUACAUGUUCCCCUGCUUCACAAAAAAUCAUUCGUGACACUCUUAAUUCUACCUUAAACGAACCCAUCACUACUUUAACUUCCUCCUCGACACCUAUUCUCAUUUAUUCAGUCGCUAAUGAAUCCGCUGCUUCUACUUCUCACUCCUCGGGUUACGGCAUUCAUCCUUACCUUGUUACUCUUGCAAAUAAUGGUUUUCACCUUCCUCUUACCCUUUUUACUACUGCCUCCACCAACCGUUUACAUACCAAUGAGGCCACCAUCGUUCACAAACCUGUCUUCAAUCGUGCCGGAGUCAAACGUCACAUCAUGGACGUCUCACACUUCCCUAUCGAAGGGGACAUGGAUGUCGCGGAUUGGCAUGAAGCCUGGAACCGGUACUUGGUCUUCGUCGGGGUUCACGGUGAAGCCGACAUUUCAAAGCGAUGGAAAGAACAUUUCUCUUUCCUCUCAGGACAGGAUAACUUCAAACUCAACUUCCCCGCCAUUCUCAGAUUCGAUAUCGAGAUCCGCACCAAAUAUGCCAUAGAACCCAGGCACCAUGACGAGGACGCCUAUAGGCGUCGCUUCGAGGCCGUCAAGCUUGAGGUUCUUCAGGAAUCCCUCCGCAAGGCCGCUGUCGAAUCCGACACUCGUUCCUACCAGACUAAGGCCAAGCGCUUCACGCCUUACUCUCCGGGUCCUUUCGAAACAACAGAUCAUCCUCUACCAAUACCCCCAUCUGCCUCAUCUGUCAACGAGAUCACAAAUUCGCUGAAUGCAAAGAAGAGGCAUCGAAGGCAGGCAAACAAGCGAUCGCGAAAUGCGAUGGUCGAAGCCUCGUUCGCCGUUCCGACAGCAGUCCCAUCUGCACCUCUUUCAACCUCAGCCGGAAUUCCUCUUGUCGUGACAACUCCAAGCCUUCAUUCUGCGGCGCUUCUGAUCACGGAGCUUGUUCCCGCCGUUGCGCCUAAUCUUCAAUCACCUUCAAUCACUUCUGCUCUUACUGCAUCGUUGCGCAACAAGUCUCUUCUCGAUAUCAUUCAAUCGCUCAGCUUCAAUCCCGCUCUCGUGACCAAAGAUCGCGUUCCAUAUUUCAAUUCGCUCACUCACAUCGAAACUCCAUAUGACCACGAUUCCGAUUUCGUCAAAUCAAUCACGCCUUAUUCAGCCGAAGCCUUUCAAGUUUAUCUUCUCAAUGCUCAGAUCGUAGAUCAAUAUCCCGAACUCUGCUUCAAAUUAUUGCACGGCUUUCCUCUUGGCGAAUUAACGCCACUCACAACUUCUUUCACACCACCAAAUCUGCCUUCAGCGGUGCCAUAUACUCACGUCAUCCGCGAUUACAUUCAAGAAGAGCUACGCCUAGCUCGAUUUUCAGGCCCUUUCACCAAAACUCAUCUCGAAACCAAAAUAGGACCGUUCCGUUCCUCACCUGUUCAAGUUGUGGUAAAACCGGGUGCGCCUGGCCAACCUGACAAGUUCCGGUGUUGUCGGAAUCUUUCAUAUCGCGGAAAUCUCCAUUUCAGUAUCAACGACGAUAUCAAUCCUGACAAAUAUCCUACUCGUUGGGGCACCGCCCUUGAAUGCGCCAAGAUUGUUUCCGAAGCUCCAGUCGGAACACAAGCAUGCACGCUUGAUAUCGAAGGAGCCUAUCGAACCAUCCCUGUCUGGCCCAACGACAAACGCUACCUCAUCGUUCAAUUUGAGGCCUCGGGCCUGCAAGGCGAGGUUGCCGAUGCUAUCGUUGAUAUCUGGCAUGCGCUUAAUGUCGGCCCCGUCAUCAAAUGGGUCGACGACUUCAAUGUGUUUCGUCAUCCUUCUUCUGGAGGUCCCUUUUUGGACGUAUCAGCAGCCACACUCUAUCGCUACGAUUAUGAUUUAGAUUACAUCAAGGCCAUGAUCGCUCCUCUCGGCGUCCCAUGGCACGAUACAAAAGGAUCCCCCUUUGGGGACACAUUCUCUUACGUUGGAUUCGAGUGGAACCUCCCACAAAAGACUGUCUACCUCACUCUCGCAAAACGCGAAAAACAUCGGACUAAGGUCCUCUCUUUUAUUCAGCAGGCAUCCUCUUCGCAAUUUCUCAAGAAAGAAGUCGAAUCAUUAUAUGGUUCCCUUUCACACAUAUCAUUCGUCUAUCAACGGGGCAAAGCCUACCUCACAAACAUUAUAUCCUGGCUACCCAAAUUUCCCAACGACUUCACGCCUCGAUGGGCACUGCCAUCCGUGAUAUCCGAUCUCAAAUGGUGGCUCAACGUUCUCAGCAUACCUUCAACCUUUCGUUGCCUAUCGCCACGCCCCCCUACAGCCGAUCUUGGUAUAUGGGUCGAUGCAUCAACAGACUGGGGCAUCGGACUUCUUCUCGAAGGUCGCUGGGAUGCAUGGCAAACGCUUCCUACUGCUAUCGCGCCUGGGAGGGAUAUUGGAUGGCUCGAAGGGGUUGCUAUCGAGCUCAUCAUUUUGAUCCUUCAGGCCUCUCCCCUCUUGCACCAAGACAUCCUCAUCCGUAGUGAUAACGAAGGAGUUAUCGGGGCAUUCAGGAAGGGAUGGUCACACAAUCGCGAAACGAAUGAGUCAAUUAGACGUUCAGGUACCAUCCUUGACGAUUCAAACCUUUCCUUCACUUUCAUAUAUACCAACGCAUCACCAUUCCCUACUCCUUUCCUUUACCCAUAUCGUGUCACUUUCGCCAUGCCUAAACUUCCAGAGCCAUCCCUUGCUGAUAAACUUGAACACGUUAAUAUCAAUGCUGAAUUAGCUGCUUUCUCCGCUAACGUGAACGCAUUAUCCCCCUCCCCAAUUCUCUCCCAACCAAUAUCACCUUCUGUUCAAAAUCGCAUUCCGCGGAAGCCACGUAAAGGGAAUACCGUCAAGCCAUCCAUCUUCCGUCCACCAGUGCUUGCCAGCGAACGACUACAACAUUGGACAACUCCCCACUCACUCUCCUUCCGUCAUUCUAUUUCAUCAGCUCUACCAAGCUCUGAUCUCUCGCGCCUUUUCGAAGUCAUGUCCUUUUCGCUCGAUCAAGGUACCAGAGAUGGUUACGGUGCUGGGCUCUUACGAUUCACACAAUAUUGCGACCAGGCAGGAAUCCCAGAGGCAAAUCGCAUGCCAGCCUCAGAUGUCCUCCUUUCUGUAUUCAUCGCCACGUUGGGAGCAGGCAAGGUCGCUACUUCCACUACGCGCAAAGGUGUUACAAAAUUAGUUCCAAUUUCCUCAAAACGUGCAAAGAGACCUCCAGUCACUAUUGAACACCUUUACGCCCUCCGCAAAGGUCUAGAUCUCACAAAUACAUUCGACAUAGCUGUGUGGGCAAUCGCAUGCAUUGCCUUCUGGAGUUGUUGCCGGUUGGGCGAGCUCACUAUUCCUAGCUCCAAUCUUUUUGACCCCAUCAAACAUGCCGCACGUUCAGCACCUACUUCCUUUAGAACAACAGCUAUGGGCACCGAAUUUGCAACCUGUCACAUUCCGUGGACCAAGACGACUAUGCGAGAAGGUGCCGACAUCUCCAUUACUGCUCGUGCCGAUGACCCUUCAUGCCCCGUGGCUGCUUUCAAACACCACCUGGCGAACAAUACAUCCGUCCCAGCCAGCGCUUCUCUAUUCGCAUAUGAAACGGCUGAUGGAUGUUGGGCCCCCAUGACCAAAUCUUGGUUUAUGGCACGGUGCAACGAAGUGUGGGUUGCGGCUGGUCUACCUGACAUGCCAGGUCACGGAUUUCGCAUUGGUGGUGCUACUCAUUUACUUCUCAUGGGAACACCCCCAGACAUCGUUGCCGUUCAAGGCAGGUGGAAGUUGAGGGCUUUCUUGGAAUAUUGGCGGAAGAUCGAAAGCAUCUUACCUUUGUUCCUUUCUAAUGCCAACUCGGCAUCGCGUUUUUCGCUUAUAGAGGAUUCUAUGAAACAAUAUCAGAAGAAGUGGAAGCUGUAG